GCCAGAGUGGAUAUAAAGAACAAUAUAGAUGAAACGGUUUUCUCGGCUUACAGGAAACAAAUAAUUAUUCAAUUGUUCCUGCCACUGUGGUAUCACCAUCUAGAGUUGAGAAAUAAUUAGCGGCGACAUAAAAGCACAUAAAGAUACCUGAGUAGACGGAAACUAACACCAUUAUCAGAAGAGCUCACCAUGAGGAACUAAUGUUUGUUACUGACAAGAACAGGACCCAGUGCUGACUGAUAGACGCAUUACGAACUUAAGAUUGUUUAAAAUUCUUUUCGGGUUGGUUUUUAUUUUUCUCAAAAAAAAAAAAAGGUUUGGAUUUUUCAAUUUCUUUGAAAAGGUAAAGCAUAGUGGGAUAACUUGUUACAAUAACUAUAUUAUAUAUUUUGGACAGAAAAAAACAAGUUUAAAAGUAUUACAAUUUAAAAGUACAAAGAGUAUCGUGGCAACCUAAAAAAAAUAUCUAAAGAAAGAAGACAACAAGCAUUAAAGAUUUAAGGACAUUCGCUAAAAGAUAAUGAAAGCUGUAGAAACUCUAUCUAUUUUUAUCUGCAUCUUUUUGAUCACGUGGUCAGCUGGUGACGGAGCACCUCAGUGGCGCCCUCAGGGUCGUUUUGGAAAACGUUUUAGCAAUACAAGAACUGCUAGUGAUAUAAUGUCAGCCUUACAGACAGUUGCUGAAGAUGACGAUCAGUUUAGGCAAAUAUACAUGGAGGAAGACCCAAAUUAUCAACUAGUAAAUACAGAUAACGUUGAAGAACUUUAUUCUAACCCUCCGUCAACUUUAACAUCGUCGUCAUCAUCGUCGUCAUCAUCGUCUACAAAAUGGCCAUUUAGCCGGUCAAGAAUAUGCAUAGAAUCCUCAUUUCCAGGCGUGUUUCGGUGUCACAGGAGGGGGCGAUCUGGCACUUCCGUUGUCACUUUACAGGAAGAAUGAUAAAGACAAUAAAAAUGUCUAGUUCAAAAAUAUCAAAAGGACUAGAAAUAAAAUUAUUCAAAUAACAAUUUUAACGUGUGUUUAUUUAAUUAUACUAUCACCAGGAAAGCAGCUUAUCGGUCAAUAAUUUAAAUAAACCAUGGUUAUAAUGAUAAUUGUUUUUUGUCCUCAUAUCAGGCUAUCAUAGCUUAGCGAUCAGACAAAUAUCUUGCAGACUUUGUUGCAUUAAAUAGAGCACACUGAACGCGAUAUUUUUCUGUUUAAUAUUUUAUUUUGGCUGAAGAAAUUAAAAGCAUAUUGGUAAAACAUCAAAUCCUUUACUUAUUUAAAAUAAAAAUGUUAAUUUAACAUCAAGUUUAUUUGAAAUAAAGUAACUAUAAAACUCU